AUGCAGCUGCGCUGGAGCGGCCAUCUGGUGCGCAUGGACGACGAACGACUACCCAAACGACUCUUCUACGGAGACGUCGCGACGGGUUCUCGUCGUCAAGGAGGCCAAAUUCGCCGUUACAAAGAUACUCUGAAGUCCUCCCUGAAGCGCCUGCACAUCAACCCGACCAACUGGGAAGAGCUCGCCCGCGAUCGUCCGACAUGGAGGAGAACAGUGAAGACGGGCGCUGCUAUCUACGAAGCCAACCGCAUCGCCGCCGCCAAAGUGAAACGCGAAGUCCGCAAAUCACAACUUCGCCCAAUACGCAACGCGCCGCACAACCUCUCCCUACGUGUCCUCGAUGUCAACGGGCAUUCCGGGCACGAAUCGGACUUGUUGGACAUCUUCGAACCAACUGCACCUCUCGAACUGCUCCAGCCAUCGUCCCCGCGCCCGCCUCUUCCUCGUCCUCUCUUCCGCCAACUAACUCUGACACUCCUUCUGCACCACCACUUCCAUCCUCCUCCUUCUCCUCCACUGCCCCAGCGGUGGCCGUUCAGGCUGCCGUCUCACACAUCGCCAACCACGACACAGCAACCGCAACCACCCCCACCUGCCCUCACUGCGACCGCACCUUCACCUCACACAACGGCCUGGUCGGUCACUUGCGAAUCCAUCGCACAGAGACUGGUGAACCAGUGCCUGGAGCACCAACCUACACCCAUCGCACUCGCCUCCACUGCCCACAAUGCCCUCGCACCUUCCGGCAUCGCAUGGGCCUAUUCGACCACAUGCGCAUCCACGAGAGCGGAAUUGACCGCAGCCUUGACACACCCACCCCGCCGAGCCCCACUCCCAAUCCAUCACCUUGUGUACCCACUAACCACUCCCCAGCCGACAUCGACGCCACUGACCUUACCACCCCUCACUCCCCCGCUUCCUCCUCCACCUCCUCCUUCACUGCCACAGCGACGGCCACUCCGGCGUCUGCAGCGCACGACUUCACCACAGCCGCACCUGACACAACAACAGGCACAACCCCUGCAACCUCCAUCAACAGAUGUGAGGGCCCGGACUACAUCUGCCCUCACUGCGAUCGCACCUUCACUUCACGCAUCGGCCUGGUCGGUCACUUGGGAAUCCAUCGCACAGAGUCUGGCGAACCAGCGCCUGGAGCACCAACCUACACUCACCGCACUCGCCUCCACUGCCCACACUGCCCUCGCACCUUCACGCAUCGCAUGGGUCUAUUCGGCCACAUGCGCAUCCACGAGAGCGGCAUUGACCGCAAUUCCGAUACAGCCACGACAUCCAACACGCCCAGACCCAUCCUCGCCCCACCGUCACACGCGCCGACCACCACCACCGCCACCACCAACACCACGCUUCCUCUACAGCUGACACCGACACCGCCGACCUCUCAUGCCCUCAUUGUCCACGCACCUUCACCUCACGCAUCGGCCUGGUCGGUCACUUGCGAAUCCAUCACACAGAGACUGGCGAACCAGUGCCUGGAGCACCAACCUACACCCACCGCACUCGCCUCCACUGCCCACACUGCCCUCGCACCUUCACGCAUCGCAUGGGUCUAUUCGGCCGCAUGCGCAUCCACAACGACCUGCGGUAGACAACCGCCGGUCACACCACACAUUCCCUCACUCCCUACCUCCUAA